AUGGCCGAAACCACUCCGACAUCAAACUCCGGGCUCUUGGAACUAAUGCACAUCAUCGAAAGAUUGAAGACCACUAAACGCGCCGGAUGGGUCAGAUUGGGCGCUCAAGCUCCCGAAAGUAUCUCUGAUCAUAUGUAUAGGAUGGCCAUGUUGGCGAUGCUUUCUGAAAAAGACGCGGACCUCGAUAUCUCAAAAUGUGUGAUGUUAGCUUUGGUACAUGAUUUCGCGGAAGCUGAAGUAGGCGAUAUCACGCCGCAUGACGGAAUUUCACGCGAAGAGAAACACAGAAGGGAGUCCUCAGCGAUCGAGAAAUUUACCACGGAGCUCUUACCGCCUCAAUCGAUCCCCAGUCAACGUCUUAAAUCGCUGUGGUUGGAGUACGAGGAAGGGCAGACUCGGGAAGCCAAAUUCGUCAAAGAUCUCGAUCGAUUCGAACUUGCUUUACAAGGUGUUGAAUACGAGAAGAGAGACAAACUCGCCUCGAUCCAGUCGUUUUCGAGACCACAAUACCCUUGA